GAUGUAUGUUAUUGUCCUAAACUAAGUUCCCACGACAGGGAGGGCCGGAAAUUUUGCUCACACCCAAACCACUACAGAACAAAAACAAUUGAAACAUUUUUCAAAUUUUUAACCUCCCCACCGCUGCAGUUCCCUCUGUUCACCGCCUGUCACCCUACCAGAAGUCACCGCCACACUCCUUCCCAUCGAAAUUCUCUCCGCGAUUUCUCCUGGAUCGAUCGAACAUGCAGGGCAAUGAUCUUAAUGGCUAUUGAUUCCCGUAUUUGCCAGGAGCCAUCUGCAACUGGACGUCGUCUCCUUUUCUACAUUCUGUUUGAUGAAGCGAAGUUCUUAAACCACACGCACCAGUCAAGCUCCGUUUCGUAAUUCCAAAUUUCUCUGCAGGAAGGCGUGUGUGGUACUUCAAUUGGGUACCUUCUGUGUCUGCUUUUCUUAUUUGUUACGUUAUGUGGUUCUGUUUCUGGGUUCUCGAAGGGUCCAGCUGAGUUUUGGAUUCGGGUCAUAGUCGACAAUUUUUUUGACGGAAGAAAUCUUUCUCAAUCCUCUGAGUUAACCUGCCCUGUAAUUGCUUCGGAACCUCUUUCUCAGUGAUAGGUUCCGAGGCAAAAAUUGUUCUAUAAGACGCAGGAAUGGAUGUAAAUAGUUCGAAAGAUAUGGGUGGUGAUGACAUGUUGAUUUCGGCAGCUAUAGGUUCCGUUGAAGUUCCAGAAGCGUCCCCUGAUUCACUAAAAAACACGCCAUCUAACAUUGCAAAAUUGGAGGACGUGAUCGAGCACUGCGUAGGCAGGCAGAAGUAUCUUGCACAGACGAGGAGUCCUUCCGAUGGCGGUGAUGUCCGCUGGUAUUUCUGUAAAGUACCUUUGCUUGGGAAUGAACUAGCUGCAUCUGUUCCUAAGACGGAAAUUGUAGGGAAGGGUGACUAUUUUCGAUUUGGCAUGAGGGAUUCUCUUGCAAUAGAGGCAUCUUUCUUGCAGAGAGAGGAAGAACUACUUUCUAUUUGGUGGAAAGAGUAUGCAGAAUGUAGCGAAGGGCCAAAAGAAAGAGCUGGCUCUAGUCUGAGGCCUGAUAAACAAAAAAAUGAAUCCGCUUCAGAGGUUGCUAAAUUAGUCAAUUUGUAUGACAUUGAAGAAGAGCGGGUUGGUGUCCCUGUCAAAGGUGGACUCUAUGAGGUAGAUUUAGUGAAGAGACAUUGUUUUCCUGUUUAUUGGAAUGCAGAAAAUCGUCGGGUGAUGAGAGGCCAUUGGUUUGCUCGUAAAGGAGGUCUUGACUGGCUUCCACUUCGGGAGGAUGUUGCUGAACAGUUAGAAAUUGCCUAUCGUAGUCGGGUGUGGCGCCGGAGAACAUUUCAGCCGUCUGGACUUUUUGCAUCCCGGGUUGAUUUACAAGGAUUUACCCCAGGACUUCAUGCUCUUUUCACGGGGGAAGAUGAUACUUGGGAGGCGUGGCUGAAUGUUGAUGCUUCUGGUUUUUCUAGUGUUAUUAGCUUGGGUGGCAAUGGAAUUAAGUUAAGGCGUGGCUAUUCCCCGUCUAAUUCCCCCAAACCCACCCAGGAUGAUUUGCGUCAGCAAAGGGAAGAAGAAAUGGAUGAUUACUGUUCACAGGUUCCUGUUCGACAUCUUGUGUUUAUGGUUCAUGGUAUUGGUCAAAGGUUGGAGAAAUCUAAUCUAGUUGACGAUGUUGGGAAUUUUCGGCUUAUUACAUCCAGUCUUGGAGAGCGUCACCUCACUUUACACCAACGUAGCACUCAAAGAGUCCUCUUUAUCCCCUGCCAGGUAUCUAACCAAUUAAAUCGACUGUACAUGAAGUUUCUUAGAAGGAAUCCUGGAUAUGAUGGAAAGGUUUCUAUCUAUGGACAUUCCUUGGGGAGUGUCCUGUCGUAUGAUAUCCUCUGCCACCAGGAAAGUCCGUCAUUUCCUUUUCCAAGGAAUUUGAUCUAUGGGGAGCACGCUAGAAGUGAAGGGUUAUCAGGGGUGGACAAUCAAUCCUCUGUGCAGAACUCUUCUUUUGAUACGGAGGAUAACUGUUCGACUGCAGUUUAUGGAUGUUCAGAUUUUGUGCAUGUUGCUAAAGAGGGUGAUGAGAGAAGUAUGCCUCAAAUGCAUUUGGAAAAUCCUUCAGUUGUUGUGGAUCCUAUGGCAUCGCAUCCAUCUGAGCUCAGUAACAAACAUGAAAAUCCUUGUAAGGUGGAUGACUAUGAUUCCAGCAAAAGGCUUCCUCAAACAAGCAAUGAGCUGGAGGAGUUAAAUAAAAACGUAAACUGCGACUUAGAGGUUCCUAGAUUGAAUAGAAUUGGUGAGCUGCAAUUUGAGGAUUCAAAUGAUAAAGACGAAGUAAUCAAAUCCCUGAAAGAAGAGGUUGAUUAUCUUAAAAGGAAGUUGGCAGAACUUGAGUCGAUGUCUGCUAAUAGGGAUACUGAUGGAGGAUUGAAUGAAGGAAAUAAGAAAAGUUUAAUAGGUAUGCCCAAGGAGCCUGUAUUAGAAGAGGUACCUCCUGAACAAGAUGAUGGUUCAAAGAGUUUCACUCCUUGUAUAAAGUACAAAAAGCUUGCAUUUAAGGUUGAUACUUUUUUUGCUGUUGGAUCGCCUCUUGGCGUCUUUCUUGCACUUCGUAAUAUCCGUAUUGGAAUUGGAAAAGGGCAAGAAUAUUGGGGUGAAGAAAAUAUAAAUGAAGAGAUGCCUGCUUGUCGACAAAUGUUUAACAUUUUCCAUCCAUUUGAUCCUGUAGCAUACAGAGUAGAGCCACUUGUUUGCAAGGAGUACAUGCUUAAACGACCUGUUAUUAUACCAUUUCAUAGAGGAGGAAGAAGGUUGCAUAUUGGAUUUCGAGAAUUUGCUGAUAACUUGGCUCUUCGUUCUCAAGCAAUGAAGGACAAUCUACACACUUUUGGGGUGAAAGUACUCACAGUUUGCCAAUCUAGAAAGGCAGAUGGUCUAGAAGAAGGAGCGGAGGAUUUUCAAGAAGGAGAACUGAAGUCUUAUGGUGUUGCAAUGAUGGAGAGAUUGACGGGAAGGGAAGAAGGCCGGAUUGAUCACAUGCUUCAAGAUAAAACAUUUGAGCAUCCAUAUCUGCAAGCCCUUAAAUCCCAUACAAACUACUGGAGGGAUCAUGACACUGCUCUUUUCAUAUUGAAACACUUAUAUCGAGAUAUACCUGAAGAUCCUGAUACACCUCCAGAAUAUUCUGAACCCAAUUCAAAAGACUGUUGGUACAAUAAACAAGAGACUAUUGAAGAGGAGGUUUCUUUGACAUUUUCUGACGAGGCCAUGGUUCGGAGCUUCUCGAGGAAGGCAAAGAAAAUGAUGAAGCAUCGAAGAUAGACAUCGAGUGCAACAGAAGGCAAUGGCAUAGCCUUGCAACAGCUACAACUUCCAAGGUUUAUCAAACUUGAUCCUAAAGGUGGACGACGUUCAGGAUCGUUAUGUGAAUGAAUAUGCAAAUUCCCCCUCUUCAAAAAUGGGAAAGGUUGUGGUCACUGAACGCAAAUUCUCUCCAUUUCUUCUAUGUACAUAUGAAAGAGAAAACAGAUGUGGAUGUAAUAAUUCAGAUCGAAACCUGAAACAUGUAAAUUAGUACCAAAUUCUCUCUCUAUUUCUUCUAUGUAAAUAUGAAGAGAAAACAGAUGUGAAUGUAACAGUUCAGAUCAAAACAUGAAACAUGUAAAUUAAUACGUGUAAACUUUUAGUUAAAAGUAAAAGCUUGAUGUGAGCUUAAA